AUGCAAGUGCUCCGCCAGAUGCCCCAUCAGCUCGCGUCGUCCCCUUCCUCUUCUUGUGACAUCAAAUCGAUCUACGCUUCCGAGAAAGUGCGCGAGGCCAUCAGAGACCACGAGCAGACGAUUGCCACGUCGACGGCGCCGAAGCACAAAGCGAAGGUGGUGGUGCUCGGGGAUUCCGGAGUCGGCAAGACCUCCAUCAUCUACCGCCACCGCUAUGGAGCACACUACCGACCGGUCAACGCCACGAUCGGAGCAUCUUUCGUUUCAUUCGACCUGUAGGUUCCAUCCAGUCCAGCCAACCUCAUCCAACUCGUCCUCUUUUCAGCGGCGCCGAUCGUGACGAUAUAGUGCGUCUUCAAGUGUGGGAUACCGCCGGCCAGGAGAGAUUCCGGUGUAUGGUCCCGAUGUACAUGCGGAAUGCGGACGCCGCCCUCGUUGUCUACGAUGUCACCAAUCGGGAUUCGUUCGAGGACAUCGAAAGGUGGAUCAAAGACUUGGACCGUUCCAGCGGCACCGAAGAGGCGAAAAUCUUUCUGAUCGGGAACAAAACCGAUUUGGUCGACAAACGAGAGGUUUCCGAAGCGGAAGGGAAGGCGCUCGCCGCAAAGAUCAACGCAAAGUUCUUCGAGGUUUCGAGUGACCAGCCAAACUGUAAGUUCUAAUUGUCUUCAAGGCCCUCAAUAAUUUCGGUCCUUUUGCAGUGUUCUCCACAAUUCUGUCCGAACUCGCCGACGACGUCCUCCGCAGCCGGCGGCGAAUCUCCGAGAAGAAGCAAGAAUCGAUAGGGAUGCGGAAGGACAAGGUGGCGCUCGGAGACGAGUCCAAGUUCGACGAGAGCUCGGCGAUCCUUCUGCGACCGCGCAAGUCCAAGUGCUGCUCUCUUCUCUAA